CAAUUGUGACGUUUGUCGUCAUUCUCUGAUAACGCUUCAGACCUUUUUUUUUAAUAGUUCACUAAACCAAAACACUUGCACGCUUUUAAAACAGAGUCAAUCUCCUCUGCCUUCUUCCUCUGACCAAAACAGAGAGAAGAAGAAAAACAGAGGAAAAGAAGAAGAUGAAAAGUGGAGGGAACACAAACACGAAGCUCAUACUUGUUCAUCCAUAUAUUCAAAAACAAACAAGCACAAAUCGUCUAUGGCUUCUCGCUUUCGUCUCUUUCUUCACCAUAGCUUUCCUCCUAACUCUUCUCUACACUACCGACUCUAUCAUCCCUUCUAAAAACAACUCCGCCACCGUCUCCUCCGCCGUCGACCCCGUCGUCUCCUCCGUGUCCCCGAUCUCUCAGUUGCCAACAACUGCCAUCAAUGCAAUGCUUCACUACGCUUCAAGAUCCAACGACAGCUUCCACAUGUCUUACGGAGAGAUGAAAUCGAUCUCCGACGUCCUCCGCCGCUGCUCUCCGCCGUGUAAUCUCCUAGUCUUCGGCCUAACACACGAAACCCUUCUCUGGAAAUCUCUAAACCACAACGGUCGUACAGUUUUCAUCGAAGAGAAUCGUUACUACGCAGCUUACUUCGAAGAAAUCCACCCGGAGAUCGAUGUCUUCGAUGUUCAGUACACGACGAAAGCACGUGAGGCGCGUGAGCUUGUGUCGGCGGUUAAAGAAGCGGCGAGGAACGAGUGUCGUCCGGUUCAGAACCUUCUCUUCUCCGACUGUAAACUAGGACUCAAUGAUCUGCCGAAUCAUGUCUACGAUGUUGACUGGGAUGUGAUCUUGGUCGAUGGACCACGUGGCGACGGUGGUGAUGUACCGGGAAGGAUGUCGUCGAUAUUCACGGCGGCGGUUCUUGCUCGGAGUAAAAAAGGAGGGAACCCGAAGACGCAUGUGUUCGUCCAUGAUUUUUACAGAGAUGUUGAGAGGCUUUGCGGCGAUGAGUUUCUUUGCCGGGAGAAUCUUGUGGAAUCUAAUGAUAUGCUUGCGCACUACGUGUUGGAGAGGAUGGACAAAAACAGCACGCGGUUCUGUCGUGGUCGUAAGAAACGCUCUGUUUCUUCUCCAUCUGCUUGAGUAAAAUGUGCGCUAAAAUCUUGUGGCGAAGAGAGUCAAAUCAACAGACAGACGGUGUGGUCAUUGACACCGUCAAUCGCGGAGGAGUUUGUGUAAAAUAAAUACUUUUUUUUUCUACCUUUUAAAUCUUUUUCUCUCUGCAUUUUCAAAUCUUUGAACUAUAUUAUGUGAAAUAUUCAAUCAGAUCAAUGGAAACAAAAUAGUGAAAGUGUUACUUCAUAAGAUAUUAAUAAAAGUUUAGACUGUUUAUAA